AUGGAAGAAAUAACUCAACAAUCAACUCAUUUUAUUGAGUUAAAUGAAAGUAAUAAUACAAUUAAGGAACAACCACCACUACCACCUUCAAUAAAAUAUGAACAACAACAACCACAACAACAACAACAAUAUAAUGAUUAUAAUGAUGAAGAUACAGAGUCAGGAUCAACAUCAGAAGAAAUCGAUUUAUCAGACCAAUAUACAGAUUCAAGUAAUUGUCCUGAUUGUAGAGCGUUCAAUGAAACAUGUAGUUGCAGUAAUACAAGUUGUUCGAAUAGACAUUAUACAAAUUCAACAUCUUCAAUAUCUGACCUUUUAAAUAAUAAUAACAAUAAUAAUAAUAAUAGUAGUAGUAAUAAUAAUAGAACAAUAGUUUUAGAAUCUAAAUUAAAUAAUAGUUGUAAUAAUAGUAAUGAAAAUAAUAAUAAUAAUAAUAAUAAUAAUAAUAAUAAUAAUAAUAAUAAUAAUAAUAAUAAUAAUAAUACUAUUAAUAUUAGUAAUAGUGUUAGUAGUGGUAAUUUAACAGCAAGUUAUAGUAAUAGUAAUAUAAAUGGAUUAGCACAAUCAAGAAGUAGACAUGUUUAUAGAAAUCCAAUAACAUUGGUAGAGGAAUUUACAACCUCCUCUUUAUCAGAAUUUGGUGAAACUGAAUGUUCAUUAUCAACUGAAAAUAUAUUUUCAAUCAUUAAAGAUAUGGAAGAAACUAUAUUACCAAUUGAAAAUAUGUUAAAAUCUUCACAACGUAAUAAUAAUCUUAAUCUUAAUAUUAAUAAUAAUAAUAAUAAUAAUAAUAAUAAUAAUAAUAAUAAUAAUAAUACAACAACAACUACAACAACAACUACCACUACACAAGUAGAUAAUAGUAAUAAUACCAAUUCGAAUGAUAAUAAUAUUAAUAAUAAUAAUAAUAAUUUAAAGACAAGUAAGGAAAUAGAAUCAACAACAACGCCAACUACAACAACACCACCAAGGAAAUUAUCAAUUUCAGCGUCAUCUAUACCAAUUCCACCGCCACCACCUGAUGAUGCUGUUUCACCAAUUGCUUUAUCUUGUUCUGCUCCUUCUUUUCCUGGCAUUUUAUCGCAACAAGAUAAUAUUGAUAGUUUAGAGAGUACUAACACUACAAACAUCACCAACAACAACAACAACAACAACAACACCACAACAACAACUACUACACAAAACACAACAGAUCCAACCAAUACAAUUGAUCAAAAUAAAACAACAGAAUCAUCCACAACACCCUCAUCAUCAUCAAACUCAAUUACAUCAAAGACUAAAAAACUAUUACACUCUUUUAAAAAUAAACAUCAUCAUCACAAUAAAGGUGAAAAAAUGUCAGAUUCACCGUCAAAGAAAGAAAAACAUUCAAAGAAAAUUAAAAAUUCACCAUCAACUGAAUUUGUAAAUGUACCAAAAGAUCAACAAACUCAAACACCUGUAGAAAAUAAUAAUAACACCAACACCACCAACAACACCAACACCAAUGAAAAUAAUAAUGUAGAUAGAACCAACAGUAAUAAUACUAACAACAAUAAUACCAAUAAUAAUGGCAAUAAUACCAAUAAUACAAGCGGAAGUGGAGGCAAUGACGAUAAUAAUAACAAUAAUAAUAAUAACAAUAACAACAACAACAAUAAUAAUAAUGGUAAAGAUCAAGAUAAAAAAGAAGAAAAAGAUAAUAAAAAAGAAGAAAAGGAAAAUAAUAUAAUAGAAGAGAAAUCUAUUAUUGUACCAAAUUUAAAUUUAGAAAAUGUAUCAACAAAUAUAAUUGUAUCAAAACCAUUAACACCACCACCACCAUCAUCAUCAUCAUCAUCAUCUACUACAACCACCACCACCACAACAACUUCUUCAAUACCACCAACACUUAGUUCCCACUCUUUAUCCCAAGUAUUUACAAAAGAGGAGGAUGAAAACCCACCUGUAUUUGUUUCAUCUUCAUUACCAGCAUUCCCAAUUUCAGAGUUAUUGGGUGGUGAAUCAAGUAACCCUGAUGAAGAAGAAUUACCAAGAGGUGGUAGAGGAAGAAGUAAUGCCUUCUAUAUGAGAGGCCCACCAGUUCUUGAAAAUGGUGAUUUUAAGAUUCAAACACCAAAAACACCUUCUGUACAAAUUCAAACUCAAAUCCCAGCUGUUUUACCAAAAGAAUCGAAUUCAUUAAUUUCAAAACCAAUUGGUUUAUUAUCAAAACUAAGAAGACGUCAUCAUCACCAUCAUCAUCACCAUCAUCACCAUCAUAAUAAAAAUAAUAAUAAUAAUAGUAACGGUAAAGAAUCAACAACAAAUAGUAAAGACUCAUCAUCAUCAUCGUCCUCAUCAUCAUCAUCUUCUUCUUCUUCAACAACAACGACAACAACAACCUCAACAACUGCAACACCAACAAAAGAAUCAUCUAAGAAAUCAUCAACAACAUCAAAUAUUUUAAGUAAAGUAGUUAAAGGUAACUCAUCAAGAUUUAUAGUUGGAUUUGCAGAUACAAUUGGUAGAAGAUCUACAAUGGAAGAUGAAUCUGUAAUCUAUGGUACUUAUAGAGGUAAGCAUGAUGAAGAUUAUUUCGCUUUAUUUGAUGGUCAUGGUGGAAAUGAUGCAGCCAAAGCUGCCUCUGAAGAGUUGCAUCGUAUAUUGGCUGAGAAAUUAAAAUUAAAUCAUGCAAACCCUGUUAAAUGUUUAAAGGAAUCAUUUUUAGCAACUCAUACACUAAUUGGUGAACGUGGUAUUAGAUGUGGUACCACUGCAGUGGUAGCAUUAUUUAUUGGAAAGAAAGGAUAUAUAGCAAACGUGGGUGAUAGUCGUGCAGUACUUUGCAGGGAUGGUAUAGCGGUACGUGUUUCAUUGGAUCACAAACCAAAUCUACCAAAGGAGGAGGAGAGAAUUAGGGCACUCGGUGGUAACGUUGUAACAACAACUAGUUCUGCCGGUGUUGUCACCUCGCGUGUCAAUGGUCAAUUAGCAGUCUCAAGAGCAUUGGGUGAUUCUUUCCUUAAUCCGUUUGUCACCUCUGAACCCGAUAUUCAUGGUCCAAUAAACUUGGAAACUCAUAUCAAAAAUCAAUUUAUGAUCAUAGCUUGCGAUGGUAUUUGGGAUGUUAUCUCUGAUGAAGAGGCUGUUAGUAUUGCCGCUCCAAUUGCUGAUCCUGAAAAAGCAUGUAUAAAAUUAAGAGAUCAAGCUUUCAGUAGGGGUAGUACUGAUAACAUUUCUGUAAUUGUAAUUAGAUUUCCACCAUUUUUAGAAGGUAUUUAA